CCGACACGCCCCCCUCCCCCAAAUUCUGUGAGAAGGAUCCCGACUCAGCCCCAGGCUUUCUUUCUAGAAAGAAGCCCCCUACUCCUGCCCAUAUGCCUACCUCAUCUUCAUUAUAGGCGGCCCCCACUUCUGUCCCCAUUACCUCACACACACACCAAUCCCUACUGGGCCCCCUUUGCCUGCCGGCAUCAUCACCACCUUCAAGCUUCCUAGCUCCCCAGUCGUGUCUGCCCCCUACUGGGUCGGCUCCAGGUUGCAGGAGCAAAAGGCUUUCUGUGCCCCAGAUUUCCAGGGUAUCAGCAGGCCCCCCUUCCCCAGAAAGGUAGCAGCAGAGCUACUGACCACUGACAAGAUUUCUGGGCCCUUGUGCUAGAAAGGACUCCUAAUCCACCUGCUCCAGCCAAGAGAGCAGUCCAGGGUCAUGUUUCCCAGACACCAGCCUGCAUCAAGGCACCCAGCCUCAACCAUGAAUUUUUUUUCUCUUGGCACUCCUCUGAAAUAGAAAAGGUGUCGGUUCGCUCUCCCGGAGCCUCUGGCUGUCGCACCCUACUGCAGCUCCUGGGUUUGGCUGGAGCGCAGGAUUAGCCAUCCCCAGGAAAUGCCUCCCUCCGGUCCAGGCAAGGAUCCCAGCACACACACCCCUGGUGUGUAUGUGUGUGUUGGGGGUGGGGGGGAAUGCUUCCUCCUCUCCAGGUCAGGGAAGAGAUGUGGGGACCACCUGGGGGCCCUUACCCCUCCCACCUCCUUGCUGGGGAAGUGCCCAGUCAGUGCCCCUUCCAUGGCCACCUCCCUCCCCCUCGCUGUGCCGGGGCAUGAAUCAGCUCUCACAGCUUGUUAAAGCUAGACCUCUUGUUUUCAUGCCCUCACCUCAGGAAACAGAGUUACAGCUUUUCCAGCUCUGCUCAGCAGGGGGCCAGGGUCCUCACUUUAUAAACAUCCCAAGCCUGUGAGAGCAGAGGGCAAGGAGAUGGUGUGAGACAGGAGCCCAGGGGAGAAAGACAGAAACUAAGACUCAAGGAGAAAAACAAAGAAAAGCCAAAGAGACAAGACCAGAGUAGUCUGAACAGAAGCCAAGAAGGGAUCGAGAGGGCUGUGCUGCAGGAAUGACCCUAAUGAUGCUCUGGUCUGGACAGGCGAAGGGAGUCCUGGGAAGCUGGGGGAUCAUCUGCUUGGUGAUAUCUCUGCUCCUCCAGCAGCCAGGAGUCCACAGCAAGUGCUACUUUCAAGCUCAAGCCCCCUGCCACUAUGAAGGGAAAUAUUUUACCCUGGGUGAGUCUUGGCUCCGCAAGGACUGUUUCCAUUGUACCUGUCUGCAUCCCGUCGGUGUGGGCUGCUGUGACACGUCUCAGCAUCCCAUCGACUUCCCCGCGGGGUGUGAGGUACGUCAGGAGGCAGGAACCUGUCAAUUCUCCCUGGUGCAAAAAUCUGACCCUCGGCUGCCCUGCAAAGGGGGAGGGCCUGACCCCGAAUGGGGCUCAGCCAACACCCCUGCCCCUGGGGCCCCUGCUCCCCACUCCAACUAAACUCAACCGAUCACCCUUCCGCUAACUGCCCACUGCUGCUGCCACUUCCAGGGAAACCACUAGCAGCUGCCAAUUUAUUCUGAAUAAAUAAAUUAAUGCUACAGCUAAAA